AUGGGCGGUCUAGGCUCAAGCAGCACCGGCAGCUCUGACUCUUCCGCUUCGACCGGUACAGCUACCACUGAUUCAUCGUCUGGCUCUUCUGGAUUUGGCUCGCUCGGCUCGCUCGGUUCUUUCACUGGCUCUGCUGGCGGUGCUGUUCCUAGCAACGAUGUUACCAGCAACACUGGAUGCAAGAAGGUCACCUUCAUCUUCGCUCGCGGUACCACUGAAAUGGGCACUCUCGGCUCGGUUGUUGGCCCCGGUCUUGCUCAAGAUCUGAUCAAGGACACUGGCUCUUGCUCCGUGCAAGGUGUUGAUUAUCCAGCUGAUGCCGCUGGCAACGCAAACAUGGGCGCCUCCGGCGGUCCCAAGAUGGCCGCUCUCGCCAACCAGGCUCUUAAGCAGUGCCCCGACACCAAGAUCAUCCUCGGUGGUUACUCUCAAGGCGCCAUGGUCGUCCACAACGCCCUCAACUCUGUCGACGGCUCCAAAAUUGCCGCCGUCACUGCUUUCGGUGACCCGAUGAACGGACAGACCUUCAAGGGUGUUGAUGACAGCAAGGUCGUCCGCUACUGCGGCUCUUCCGAUUUCGUGUGUGACAUGUCCGGCAAGACCCAAGGCACCGGCUCUCACAUCUCCUACGGCUCCAACUUGGCCGAGGCCGCUUCUCGCCUGGCCCAAAUCGUUGGCGUCAAGGCUUAA